CUCUGGCAUGACUGGGUGAAUUUAAGCGCAACAAAGCUGACAGGGACACAUAGCUUUUAAGUUACAGAUGUAAUUUUUCUCAGUCAUUUUUGCGCGCAUUGUGCUAAAAAAUCUUGCAGAUUGGCAUUGUUAUAUGAGACGGAGUGAGUUCAGAAUUUGCAAGUGCAACAACAACAACACGUAGAGAAACCUGUAGGCUACGCCCUUGUAAUAGAAGCCAUGGCUAAGCAGACACCGGCUGGAAACAUACCGAGUAGCAUGGAAGUUGGGCAGUUUCUUGCCACCAUGAGGGUGGCUUCCACAAGACCAGAAACUGGGGGACAGGUGCAACCUCAACUCCCGCCGGUGCAGAUUCCACCCCAGCACCCUCAGGCUCGUCCACCGUAUCAACAAACUCCAUUCCAACACCGACCUGUGCCACCAUCUAAUCAGCGCCAACACAAAUUAGCUGAGCCUCCAUAUCGGCCAGCUCAGUCCCAACAUGUGCCACUGCAGCCACCUUAUCAGCAAAUUCAGCCCCAAUGGCCACCGAUGCCACCACCACACGAGCCACAAAAUCAACUUACUCGGCCACCGUAUCAGUCAACACAGCCCCAACACCCGGGAACAUCUGCUUCACCGCAUUCAGGUGUGGAGAGCAGCUUUCAGCAAUUUCAGAAUGGCAGAUGGAAUCAGAUACAGCCACCAUUUACAAAUCCCAUACCUCAACGCACAAACCAAACUUCAGUUCAUACAGCAAAUUUUUCAACAGGUAGCCCAAGGAUACUACCACCUAGAAACAUGCAGGGAGCAUUUCAGUCAUCAAACAAUGUUAACCGUCACCAAAUGUCAAGUGUCGACUCCAUUGCUUCACAGAUCAGGCCCUUCUCUCAAAGACCAAUCGCAUCCAACACCCAGUAUCAGUCACAGCACUUUACCAAUCCCUCACGACCCCAGCUCUGCCACCCCUCGCAGUCCCAUCCUGUUUCUCAGCCCAGCCACUCUGGCACAACAGGCACAGUUUUUCGCCCUCCUAUGCCUCUUGGAAGUGAUUCCUUUGGAAAAGAAGCUGAACAAUUUCCACAGAAGCAACAGGACCAAGACUGGGUAGACGGAUGGCUGAAAAGCCUGAAUAAAAAGAGUAAACCUCUUCCAGCUAAAACACUGGUCACUAUUGCCAACUUUAAGUGCUGUCUUCAAGAAGCAUUUAAAUUGAAGGAUGAGCUUGUAGACCUAAUCACCACCAUUGAAGCUGAUCUGGAAUCUGAGAACUUUCAACUGAAGUUUGACCAGAUUAAGAAGACAAGGCUUCGAUUGGAAACACUUAACAAGAUUUUAACGGAUGAGGUGACAUUGGAGAAUAUUAAAAAACUGUGUGAAAAAAGGAAGACUAAAAGGGAGAGACUGAAGAGGCAGAGACAGGAACAGUAUCAUGACAGACAGGCAGCCCUGGUCAGGAGAGAGGCACUGCACCGGAGCAUAGACCAGCUACAGAACAGGCUGCUGCAGCAAAGUGAGCAGGAGAAACAGGACAAAGAAAUGAAAGCUGCAGCUGACCGAACGCUGAGUGAGGUGCGGCGAAAGCUGACGGAAACCAGCAAGACUGUGGAGCUGAUAAAAGGACUAAGGAAACUGCGCGAGUUACGAUGUCGGUCAAUUUACACCAAAGGGAUGUAUUUGGGGAUGGAAAGUGACAACAAGUUUGAAAGACAGACAGAAAGUUUGUUGACCAUGUUAGAAAAUCAGACAAAGAUUUAUGAAACUGAAGAGAAGACGUUGAAGGUGAUGCUUGAGACUGAGCAAGAAGAGACGAAGGAACGAGAGCGUGAGAAAAAACGACAAGACCAGGCGGAAAAGCUGUGCAGGGAGCAGCGUCAACUGAGGCAGCGUCUCUUCGGGAAAGAUGACAAACUGCUGGAGGGGGACCCGUUGUUAUUCUACAAACAGUUUUACAGACAAGCAGAGACCAGCCUGGAGAGUUUGGUCUCUGUCAGACAAGGUUGGGAUAUGUUUUUGGUUCCGGAGCACACACCAGGCAGCAGUACCAUCCCACAGGAUUGGGUGUGGCCAGCAGAACCGUCCAGUGGUAUUUGGGCGUCAGUCAUGAAGCAGUAGAUGGUGUGGCCAGUGGAAGAGUGAUGUCCUAAGAUGUCUAUGGCACAGGGCAACAAACAGUGCCAAGUGUGGCCAGUGGAAACUUUGAUUGAUGUCAUCAGGCAGUAUUGGGUGUGGCCAAUGGAAGCCGAGCGUGAGGUCCUAAGGCAUCUAUGGCAAAAGUCAUCAAACAGUACCAAGUGUGGCCGGUGGAAACUUUGAUUGAUGUCAUCAGGCAGUAAUGGGUGUGGCCAAUGGAAGCCGAGCGUGAGGUCCUAAGGCAUCUAUGGCAAAAGUCAUCAAACAGUACCAAGUGUGGCCAGUGGAAACUUUGAUUGAUGUCAUCAGGCAGUAAUGGGUGUGGCCAAUGGAAGCCGAGCGUGAGGUCCUAAGGCAUCUAUGGCAAAAGUCAUCAAACAGUACCAAGUGUGGCCGGUGGAAACUUUGAUUGAUGUCAUCAGGCAGUAAUGGGUGUGGCCAAUGGAAGCCGAGCGUGAGGUCCUAAGGCAUCUAUGGCAAAAGUCAUCAAACAGUACCAAGUGUGGCCGGUGGAAACUUUGAUUGAUGUCAUCAGGCAGUAAUGGGUGUGGCCAAUGGAAGCCGAGCGUGAGGUCCUAAGGCAUCUAUGGCAAAAGUCAUCAAACAGUACCAAGUGUGGCCGGUGGAAACUUUGAUUGAUGUCAUCAGGCAGUAUUGGGUGUGGCCAAUGGAAGCCGAGCGUGAGGUCCUAAGGCAUCUAUGGCAAAAGUCAUCAAACAGUACCAAGUGUGGCCGGUGGAAACUUUGAUUGAUGUCAUCAGGCAGUAAUGGGUGUGGCCAAUGGAAGCCGAGCGUGAGGUCCUAAGGCAUCUAUGGCAAAAGUCAUCAAACAGUACCAAGUGUGGCCAGUGGAAACUUUGAUUGAUGUCAUCAGGCAGUAAUGGGUGUGGCCAUUGGAAGCCGAACGUGAUGUCCUAAGGCAUCUUUGGCAAAAGUCAUCAAACAGUACCAAGUGUGACCAGUGGAAACUUUGAUUGAUGUCAUCAGGCAGUAAUGGGUGUGGCCAUUGGUAGCUGAGAGUGAUGUCCUAAGGCAUCUAUGGCAAAAGUCAUCAAACAGUACCAGGUGUGACCAGUGGAAGCCUGGAGUUGUGUCACCAGGCAAGUCAUGAGAAGUGGUUGACUGUAAUGUGCGUGACAUCUUCCGUAGCAUCUUCCGCUUGGGCACAUGUUGCCAUGUCAAACAUGAAUAACAGUUCACAAAUCUUCAAGAAACCUUGGAUUGGGCUAAUGACUUCUUGGAAUUACAACAAAAUCCUUUGUUUAUUAUCUUCAUAUUUCUUUGCCACAGUGUUGUGAAUUAGUAUAAUGCAAAGAUAUUAUUUUCAUAUUCUUCCUUCUGUGAUAUUUAGAGAACUUCUUCAGUGUGUUUGAAAUAUCUUGCAUUUCUUUUCCUUUCAAGCGCCAGCAGUAGGCUUCAGUUUUACUUUCAGUUAUAGUGCACUAUAUAUAUGCACCUACCCAACACCUUACUUGUAGGAGUAAGGAGUUUAUUCCUACUUGUAGGAGUAAGGAGUACUCUUACCAAGACCAUGACUCAUCACAUUUUGUUGAGAUAAAGAACAGUGAAGAUCAUUACAAUGUCUCAGUUACAUUUUAAUAAACACUAGACUCUUGUGACUCACAACACACUUGCUUAUAGCCAAGGUAAGGAGCCUAAAUAUAUCAUCACGUGAUACCCUUGAUCUUUACUUUCAAGGUUUUAAUUUGAUACUGAAUUUUGAAAAUAUUUAGAAACCAGUCCUGUCAAACAUAAAUCUUUACAGAAUUAACUUAGUUAAUUAAUCUAUUUUGAAUGCCCACUGCCUGGCUGAACAAAAUCAUGACUUGUUGAUAAUCUCGUGAAAACUGCAACUUUUCAUGUGUAUGAACAGUAGUAUGUGGGCAGUCAGUGAUUUUGUAAACUUUAGUAGGUUAAAGAAGAUUUAAUUUCAUUUUGAAUUUUUUAUUUUCAAUUUGAAGUGCAAUACUGAAGACACUUUGCCCAGACUUAUUCUUCAUAACUUGAGAGCCUCAAUGCAGUUGUUGCGAAUCCAUCUCAUGAUGGACUUAUGAGUGUAUGUGGGAAGGUCUGCCAGCGUCCCACAAAUGGUUGUGGAUUUUCCCCCCCCCUGUGCUCUGCCAGUUUUCCUCCCACCCUAAUGCUGGUUGCUAUUGUAUAAGUGACACACUUGAAUACAGCUUAAAACCAUUAAGGUGCACUACUGGAUUUUCUCGGCCAGACAGACCACGCGACUUGUAAAUUCCUUUUUACAGCAAUGUCCAUGAUUACAAAUCUAGUGUGAUAAUGCAUGAAAAGCAGAUAGUGCUCCUAGCUUCUCAAAACACCAAUCAAACAAACAAAUCGAAAAUUGGUAGGGUAGGCUGCAGGAAAUGUUAUACUUAGAAUAAUAAGCCCCAAAAUCAUCAGAUAUUUGGCAAAAUGCAGAGGUUUUGGCAAAUCCUGGUUUCUUCCAUUUAUAAAUUGGAUGGCUAUUGCAUCAGUAGAAUCCAAUAAAAUAAUUGCAAAGAUUGUGUUGGUGGCAAAUCAUAGCUGAAGAUGUGUGUCCUUUAAUUGCUAGGACACACUACAUGUAGGCGUGGGUUCAACACCAACCCUCUACAGGGCCUGGUUGUUCAAAACUGUUUUAAGAAUUAAAACCAGAUUAAACUUCCAUUUUCUUCCAUUUUGUCCUUAGACAAAAAUAAUUGUAUAACAGUAUAUUAAAUGUGAAGUAAAUCUGCUGCUCUUAGACUUUGACUUUGGAUAAGUGCAUUAGUUGCUUAGGAUGGUUAAAAUUUUGAAUUUAAAAUAUGUCUUAAUACCGGUAUUAGCUAAUACACUUUCGAAUAACUGGUCCUAGGGAAUUUGUGGAUUCGGCAGGUCAUGGCAAUUCUGUGUGGCCUUGGUAACAAUAAGCAAUAGAUUCUGGUAUGGUUUACCCCAGGCACUUUAACUGCUUCUACACAUACCUGACCAAUUCUGUAAAUACAAAAUUCCUGAGCAUGGCAUUAAACAAGUCAAAUAAUGUGUUAUGCAUUACAUGCAUAAUUACAGACAAAAUUAUC